AUGCCUGCUUCUGUCGAGUUUGACCCCAAGAACAUGCUUUACCGCAACCUCGGCGAGACCGGUCUCCGUGUCCCCGUCUUCUCGUACGGCGGCUGGUUGACCGUCGGCGCUACCCAGAAGGGCGACGUCGUCAAGGAGCUCAUGCAGCAGGCCUUUGACCUCGGUAUCAACAUGUUUGACAACGCCGAGGGCUACGCCGCUGGCCAGUCUGAGCUUGAGAUGGGUCGUGUCAUCAGGGAACUUGGCUGGGACCGCCGCGACAUUAUCAUCUCGACCAAGAUCUUCUUUGGCACCAACCGCAAGGAGGUCCACAACACCCGUGGUCUGUCGCGCAAGCACAUCAUCGAGGGUGCCCACGCCUCGCUCGAGCGCCUCGGCCUCGACUAUGUGGACAUCAUCUUUGCUCACCGCCCGGACAUCACCACCCCCAUGGAGGAGGUUGUCCGCGCCUUCAACUGGCUCAUUGACAACAACAAGGCCUUCUACUGGGGUACCUCGGAGUGGUCUGCUGCCCAGAUCAUCCAGGCCAAGGAGAUUGCUCGCCGUCUCAACCUCGUUGGUCCCGCCGUCGAGCAGCCCCACUACUCGAUGCUCCACCGUGAGCGCUUCGAGGUCGAGUACGGACAGCUCUUUGCCAAGGAGGGUCUUGGAAGCACCAUCUGGUCGCCCCUUGACUCUGGUAUCCUGACCGGCAAGUACAACGACGGUGUUCCCGAGGGCUCGCGCUUUGCCACCAACUCCGAGUUCUUCAACGACACCGUCAAGAAGCUCCAGUCCGAGGAGGGCCAGGCCAAGAUUGCCAAGGUCAAGGAGCUCACCAAGCUCGCCGAGUCGAUCGGUGCCACCAUGACCAACCUCGCGCUUGCCUGGACCCUGCUCAACAAGAACGUCUCCACCUGCAUCCUCGGCGCCACCAAGCCCGAGCAGCUGGUCGAGAACGUCAAGGCCCUCGACGUCUACAAGACUCUUCUUGACAAGCCCGAGGUCGUUGCCCAGAUCACUAAGAUUCUCGACAACAAGCCCACCCCUGCCCAGGCCUACGGCCGUCUCACUGCCGAGGGCAACCUCUCGUAA